GGGCCGUUCUUGGCGCAGUCCAUUUGACCCGAUCCCGGGGAGGGGAGCAAAUCGGAAUCGGGAGGAGGCGGAGGGAAUUCUGGCUGCUCGGCGACGGCACCGAGAUUAGAAAAGGAGAUAGAAGAAAUAGAACGGAAGAUAUAGUGGGCCGAGAGGAGGAGCGGAGUGAUUGAGGCCGGAGGUUGAAAUGGUUCUUGGGUGCUUGAGUAAUUAAAAUAAUAGAUUGAGCACAUUUAGCUCUACAUGGACCUGAUCGCACUUCAGACGGCACCAGAGUUGUAAAUUGUGUGACACCACCAUCGUCAUCUUGUGACAAAAGGCUGCUAAUCACAUCUCCUCAAAGCAGUUAAUGGCUGCCACAGUACCAAGAAGGACUCCAUGAAAGAUGACAGAAGAAGUUAUUGUAAUAGCAAAGUGGGAUUACACAGCACAGCAGGAUCAAGAACUUGACAUCAAGAAAAAUGAGCGAUUGUGGCUGCUCGAUGACUCUAAAACUUGGUGGAGAGUAAGAAAUACAUCAAACAAAACUGGAUAUGUUCCGUCAAACUAUGUAGAAAGGAAAAACAGCUUAAAGAAAGGGUCACUUGUAAAGAACAUCAAAGACACUUUAGGUUUGGGUAAAACGAAAAGGAAAACCUGUGCAAGAGAUGCUUCCCCUACACCAAGCACAGAUGCAGAAUUCUCAUCAAAUGGUGGAAGCUCUGACCGUAUAUAUGAUUUAAAUAUUCCAGCAUAUGUUAAAUUUGCAUACGUAGCAGAGAGAGAUGAUGAACUGUCUCUAGUGAAGGGGUCACGUGUUACUGUUAUGGAAAAAUGUAGUGAUGGUUGGUGGAGAGGUGGCUACAAUGGACAAGUUGGUUGGUUUCCAUCUAAUUAUGUGGUGGAGGAAGUUGACGAGGCAACCGCAGAUUCACCUGGCUUCUUCACUUCCAGACUUGGAGCAGCAGUGAGUAAUGGGCAAACCACAAAAGUCCUACAUAUGGUGCAAACUCUUUACCCAUUCAGCUCUGUCACAGAGGAAGAACUAAAUUUUGAAAAAGGGGAAAUUAUGGAUGUCAUUGAGAAACCGGAGAAUGACCCAGAAUGGUGGAAGUGUCAAAAUUCUAAAGGGCAAAUUGGCCUUGUUCCCAAAAACUAUGUAGUAAUCUUAAAUGAUGCACAUGCUAUGAACAGUUCACAUGCUCCUCAAAUAAGCUAUACUGGCCCAUCAUCUACAGGAAAGUUUGCUGGAAAAGAAUGGUAUUAUGGUAGUGUCACCCGACAUCAGGCUGAAAUGGUUCUAAACGAGAGAGGAAUUGACGGUGACUUUCUUGUCAGAGAUAGUGAAUCAUCGCCAAGUGACCUCUCAAUAUCACUAAAAGCAUCAGGGAAGAACAAACAUUUCAAGGUCCAGCUAAUAGAUGGAGUGUACUGUAUUGGGCAACGCCGAUUUAACACCAUGGAUGAAUUGGUAGAACACUACAAAAAGGCACCUAUCUUCACAAGUGAACAUGGAGAGAAGUUGUAUCUAAUCAAACCCUUGCAGUGAUGCAGGCUACAUACCUGGAAAUGACCAGGUUUGACAAGGAGAAAAGCCUUAGAUCUGAACAAUUAUGCAGAGCAGAAAUAAGAUCCUGAUAAUUUCUUAGUUCUCUUUAUGGAUUUGUUGCUCCGUUAUGUCUUUAAUUAUUUUUUCUUUAUAUUUUGUCUGUUUUUUCUGUUAAUUUGCCUGUAUGUCUUUACUUUCAUUAAAUUUGCGUUGCCUUCCAAAGGUUAGGUUGAACCUCUUUCUCAGUGAUCACUUUAGCAUUCGCUUGGGCUAGAAUUUCCCCAAUGUACAUUUAAUUAGCUAGAAAAUAUGGAUCAUUGGGGGAUAUUGUCCAUGAAAAUGCAGUGUUAAUUAAUCCAGUUAAAAUGCUCACUAAUUAUUUUCCUUUUGACAAAGACAUUGGGCACAGUUUAAAUGCACUGAAGCUACAGCUAAUUAAGAGAAAAGUAGAUAUAACAAAUGUGGCAGUAAAACUUUUUUGCUUACCAAGUAGUUAAUGAGAUUUCCUAGAAUCUAGAAGUAAUCUAUACUGUAUUCUGAUAUAAACUUUUUUAAUUUUAUGUAAAGAGUACACUAAUGGAACUGCUAACACUUAACUUACUAGACUACAAUGGUAAGAUUGUAGAAAUAACAGUAUAGCAAAUUUUGAUCUGUAAUUUACAGCUAAUGGAGAGUACACUUUUUUUGAAUCGAUGGAAAUCAGGUGUCCGUAAUGUAUGAGGUUGAAUGUUUGGCAAUGUUACCUGUGCACCCAGCUGUGCCAUUCACAUUAUGCUUGUUUCUUGCACCCUUAUGCUUGUUUCAAGUAAACAAUAAAUAUUUAAUUCUCACCAUAAUAUGUAGCAGGUUGUUGACACUAAUAAGUGAGAUUAAUAAAACUGAUCAAUUUUGGGGUUACUGGCA